AUCGCGCGCACCCGCCGAACCGUGAGCAUUGCUGAUGAUAAUUGCACAGUGCGAAGCGGGUGUGAAUCGCGAUGAAUGCGUGUUUAACUACCGUUUACAGUUGCUCAUAAUGAAAUAUAGUUAGUGUUACAUUUACUAGGAAUUAAAUGUUGGUUUACCUGGUGCACACACUGUUAAAAUAGUGAACUAGUGAAAUGUAUAUAACUAAAGAUGGCUCCGUGUGAUGCCAUCUCCAUAUUGUGAAUGUUUCCUGUAGUUUAUGUAUCCUUCGAUAGACAUUCAUCCAUUGCAGUGCUCUCCUGCCUCGUGCCCUGUGCUGUCUGGGAUAAGCCAUAAUCAUAUUCUUCCCGUGAUCUUAGUGACUAGGGACUUAAAAAUAAUUGCUCAUAAUGUGUCACAAUGUUACGAAAAACAUAUUUCAGAUAUAUGGAUGUUUAAUGCCGACAGAAUUUGAGAUCCACCGAAUGCAAGAUUGUAUGGUGUUUAUAAUUAUGUAUUUUUCGUUAUCUGUCAAAAAGUUUGUAUUUAUGUAUGCCUCUCUGGUAACGCAUUUUGUUAUAUUUGCCAUUAUUCGAAGGUGUACUAAUAAUGCAUGAAGGUUUGUAUACCAUACAUGUCAGAUGUGUAAUGCUGUAUAGUUUUUGAAAUGUCAUCCAAAUAUGACAAGACAGUAAAACAAAUACAUCUCAAUAAUAAAACUUCUCUCCAUUGACCAAGCAGGCAAUUGCAAUGACGAAAUCUGCGGGAAACGAGUGAAUACUGCAAGAACAUAAGAAGCGUAACUGAGCAGCGAUUGGAAGAGUGUUGAUGACACCGUAUGGAAUCGACCAAUGAGAAACCUGUCUCUGACUAGCCUUCCCUCUUCAACGGGGGCUCUCACCCCUCUGUUCAUUCAGGCGCACACGUGUCGUGACCGGUCUGUGUAUCAAUUCCACCUGGACUCUGGCGGUGCGUAAGACCCAGGAGAGACAUUGGGGCCCACUCCGCCCAAGAGAUGAAAACCACAUGUCUGGGUGGCUCCAGUAAUGUGCCAUGGGCUACGAGGUCACCAGGUUCCAGGGGGAAGUGGAUGAGGAUCUGCUGUGUCCCAUAUGCAGUGGAGUUUUAGAAGAACCUGUGCAGGCUCCUCACUGUGAGCAUGCCUUCUGCAACGCCUGCAUCACCCAGUGGUUCUCCCAGCAGCAGAUCUGUCCUGUGGACCGCACCGUGGUCACACUGGCUCACCUGCGGCCCGUGCCUCGCAUCAUGCGCAACAUGCUGUCCAAGCUGCAGAUAACCUGCGACAACGCCGCCUUCGGCUGCACAGCUGUGCUGCGCCUCGACCAGCUGCAGUCGCACCUGAAGGACUGCGAGCACAACCCCAAGAGGCCCGUGAUGUGCGAGCAGGGCUGCGGGCUUGAGAUGCCCAAGGAUGAGCUGCCGAACCACAACUGCAUCAGGCACCUGCGUGGUGUAGUGCAGCAGCAGCAGACCAAGAUCGCCGAGCUGGAGAAGACGGCGGCCGAGCACAAGCACCAACUCGCCGAGCAGAAACGGGACAUCCAGCUGCUGAAGGCCUACAUGCGAGCCAUACGCAGUGCCAACCCCAACCUUCAGAACCUGGAAGAGACCAUCGAGUACAACGAAAUCGUAGAGUGGGUGAACUCCCUCCAGCCGGCCCGCGUGACACGCUGGGGUGGAAUGAUCUCCACGCCGGACGCCGUGCUGCAGGCGGUGAUCAAGCGCUCCCUGAUCGACAGCGGCUGCCCGCUGUCCAUCGUCAACGACCUGAUCGAAAACGCCCACGAGCGCAGCUGGCCGCAGGGCCUGGCCACGCUGGAGACGCGGCAGAUGAACCGGCGAUACUACGAGAACUAUGUGGCGAAGCGCAUCCCGGGCAAACAGGCGGUGGUGGUGAUGGCCUGCGAGAACCAGCACAUGGGCGAGGACAUGAUCCUGGAGCCGGGCCUGGUCAUGAUCUUCGCCCACGGGGUGGAGGAGAUCUUGUAAUGGAGGAGAGGAGCAGUGAGCCUGGGAGUGAUGUGGCGUGGACGCCUACAUGGAGUGCACAUCAGUUUGGACUCUGGCCACCUCUAAACCUCAUUUUUGCCUACACAUCUGCCCCGCCCUCCCCCC